CGCCCUACAAGUACGGAGUGUUUUCCUUCGCCCGUUAGCUCGACAGUGGUGCUGCUGCUGAGCCUCCUCAGCAGUGUGUGGUGUGUUGAGAGUGUGUGUGGAUGGUGGACUGUUCCCGGUGAAAAAAAAAACCCACACACCACACCACCGACCGACCUACGGGCCGAAUUAAAAUGCCUCAUCGCCGCGUGUAAACGGGGCGAACUCGCGCAGGGAGAGAUCCAGGCUCCGGGCAGAUUAGAGGAAAUAUAACGGCAGGAUGUUGCAAGUUUUAGCUUGUGGCGCCGUAGUUUUCCUCCCCGGUCUCUUCUUCGCCUUAAGGAGGCUCCUGCCGUGUGUGUUCAAACACUGGAGCGAUGCCGACGUGGUGCUGAUCAGCGAGAGGCUCGUGUCCUCCAUCCAUGCCGUUAUGGCGACCACGGCGGGAGUCAUCGUGGUGUCGUCAUGCCGGGGCAGCGUCAUUAGUGACAGGCACUGGCUGGCCACCUACUUUGUCAUCUGGUUCGGUGUGCCCUACAUGGCGUACGACAUCUUCGCCAUGUAUCUCAGUCACUACCACCGCUUCCGCGUCAAAGGGCACGAGGACUACAAGCGCCAUUCGCUGAGGACGAUAAGCACCUUCGUGCGCAGAGAGUUCCUGCUGGUGUUGCAUCACAUCGCCCUGCUAACCAUCCUGCUGCCCGUCACGCUGUUCUUCAGAAGGGAACAGGGAGACUUCUUCAUUGGCUGCUUGUUUCUAACGGAGCUCAGCACACCCUUCGUCUCCAUGGGAAAGAUACUGAUCCAGCUGGGCCUCCAGGACUGCUGGGCUGCACAAGGCAAAUGGCGGCAUGGUUCUCCUGACCUUCUUCAUGUGCCGCAUACGCCCUCUUCCCCUACAUGUACUGGGUGUACGGGCGCCACUACGACUCCCUCUCUACAGCGUUCCCUUCCACCUGCCGCUGCUCACCUAACCUGAGGGCACGCGUGCAUUCUGGCGCCGCAGGUCUACUGGUUCGUGUGCUAUGCAGUGAAAGGAUAUUGUCUUUAUCGACGCAGCCGCAUGACGGAAGUUCAACCGGACGUUCAACCCCUCGCGGACAAUCCCAAGGCUGAUUGAUAUCCGUUUUCACGAUUUUUUUCUUUGCUCGCUCAAAGCCGCACACUUCAGCUACUAACGCUACUUCGACUACUUCUGCAAAAAGGCACUAGUUUUGACUUUUAACACAUUUCGACAUUUCCCCUCCACCAUCGUACUGUAGUACACAGGACUGCCUGCUCUUUUGUCCCACAACUCCUGGGCAUCUUUCCGCACACUUUAAAAGAAAAAAAUAAUAUCCUGUGUUACAAAAAUAUCGUCUGCCUGAAGUGGAUCUCUCUCUCUCUCCGUCGAUCCAGCUCUACUACUGAUGAUUUUUCUUCUUUGGAUCUUACUGCGUCCGUCUACAUUUUACAACACUGGAGAGAUGUCAUGUUCUGCUUCACCUGAGAGUAAAAAGAAAGUGGGAGGAGCUUCCACUGGAGAGACGUUUCCUGACCUCUCACUGCUACUGUGUCUCUUCUGACCGGCCUGUUACAGAGUGUGAGAGACAGGUUGUAUUUUAUUUUAAAGAUUUCUGUUUCCUCUCCCCCCAUCCGAUAUUCAAUAAUCACACCAGGAAGGAUUAGGAAUCGAGGGUGGGCGGUUGGAUUUAUUGUGAGGAAUACAUUUCACUUUGUUAACCUGUUAAUGUGACUCUUCACCAUGUGUGUAGCUUCCCAUCCCGCAUGUUCUCCAUCCGUUUGUAAAUCUGCAAAUCCCAUUUUCACUCCCACACUUGUACAACCCCGGCUAAUUAGUUCUCGCUCUGUAUGCAUGGUGAACCCCCCCUCCCCUCCCUUAUUUAAAAACUGCUCUCAUGUAAUUGGGAAUACUUUAAUUUUAAGAAAGCUUUUGGGACCACUCCUACGUUGGAGUUGGAGUGGGAGUUUGUGGCACUGAUAUUGAUAAGAGAUUACCUCAGUUGUAGAAAAACGUCUUCAUUUUCAGUGUUUUGACUUGUAUGCAUGGCAGCUAAAGUCCAUGCUAGCUUUUUAGUUUGAAUGGCUGUGAAAUUCACUUGAAAAAGAAAUACACACUCUCAGUGUCUAAGUACUGUUGGGAAGCCAUGAUGGGAUAAGAUGCAGCCCGGUAUGGAAACAUAAACCCAUUGUGAGACAUCUCGGUCGAUUUAAGAAGUGGGAAACAGUACGAAAUGUUCUGUUUUUGGACAAACUGAAACCCCAAUACAAGCUUUUAAAUGUCCUCUUGGUCUUUACAUGAUAUGAUAAUACUACUACAUUUCUUUUUUGCAUCACAGCUCAUGUUAUUGUGAAGUACAUGCUAGCUUUUCAUUUUGUGUUUCUGCUAAAUGUAUGAAGUACUGUAUGAGUCUAACAGUGUCUAAAUGAUAUCGUGAAGCCAUGAUGGGAUAAAAUGACAGUGUAUGAGGAAAUAUUAAGGUCUUCUCUACUAAAGAAACCCUUAAUCGAUAAAACUCAAAGGGUUUUACUUUACUAAUUGAUGUAACGGUCAUGAUCUGUAAGACAUCUUAGUCGAUUAAGAACGACUGAAACCUGCAAAAUGUUAUGUUUUCGGAUGCAAGCAUUUCGAUUUCUUCUUGGUCUUUUCUACGAUACAAUUAUCAAUUUGUUGGCAUCACAGCAGCUCCGUUAAGUUCACAUAUUUACCACGAGAAACAGACCUCUGAGAGAACAUUAAAAUAUAUCAUCUGCAUGACUCCUCGGUGCAGAGGGCGAGUUCUUGCUACUGAGAGAUGCCUCGUGGAUCUCUGUUUGAUGACACUGGAGAAUCUGCGGCUGCAUUGCUGGCAGUGAACGUUGAAGUCGAGACGCCGCAGUGUUCGAGGGUCACUCGGGGUCAAAUGUUUGUCAGGAGGAGGAGGGAGGAGGGGGGGGGGUGAACUCACGGCGGGUGUCAGAGCAAUAAGGUGAGCUUAGGUUACAAAAAGUGAAGGAUAUCAGGAGAUAUUCUUCCUGUAGCGUCAGUUGUUGGAUGUUGUGCUGAAGUUGCUCUCACUCGUCAUGCUCACAUUUAAAUAUAGAGUGACUUCACCUGAGAGGAGUUUUGUUUUGUUUUAGUUGCAUUAAGACUUCAUCAUACUUCUUCCUCAUAUCAUUUCCUCAUAUCAACGAUUUCAUAAGACAAAUUGUUACAAACCGUACAUUUAUGGCAUUUGUUUGUUUUAAAUGUCCUGCAAAUUCAAUCUAUGCAAGAAGAGGCAUGUAUUCAGACACUAACGUCAUGUCAGCCUCACUUUGUUUAUUUGGGGACCAAAGCAUCUCCGUUCUCCACACUACAUAUCGUUGUCUUUUUUUAACAUGUACCUCAGUUGUGUUCUCAUAAACUCAUUUACUGCUGAAAGAAUAAAUGCAUAUUGAUCAUUUAAGUAAGGAUUGUUGUAGCAUACACAAAGACAUGUUUACAGCUGCAGCUCAGUUGACCUUUUCCAACUAAUAUGAAAAUCACUUUUAUAAUAACUACUAAAAGUUUUGUUGUUAUAUAAAAACACAAAUGCAUUUCUUUAAAGGCAGCAACGGAUCUAACUUGCGCCUCAUUGUUUGGUUUCAAAUCCAAAAUGUUCCUCGGAUAGUUUUGUGUCAUGAUGUUCCCACUUUGCAUUAAAGCGAAAAUAUGUGACUUUUGCUCAUCGUUGUGAAGGUUUACUGUCGUUAAGACGACAUGUUUAAAUAAGCUAACAGAAAGCAGCUAUAAGAGCAAAUGCAGUCAAUGUGUUUAAUCAAAUUCAACGUUUCAAUUGUUUCUGCUUCUAUGAAUGACACGGUUUUGCUUUCAUUACAGAGAUGAACCCCAUUGGUUUACAAAGCAUGGCGUGUUGGGUGUUCUUUAAUAAGGCUUACCUGAAGAUUCAUUUCUAAAUUAAUACAACUUUGGGAAUAUACAAUUGUUCAAAAAUCUAGUUUCCUAAAUGUCCAAGGGCUGUUGUAGUUAACAUAAAUACAGAUAAGGUUAAUUGUGGAUAUGUUAAAUAUGUAUACAUUUCAACACUGCUUAUCAAAUCUGAACACUGUUGCAUUAUGGGUACUGUAGUGCUGCAGAUUCAUUUGUUAGAAAGCAGUGAUGAGUGUUCCUGUUGGCUGACGAGCUGCAGGAGGGUGAGGACGCUUCAGCACCCAAAAACACAUUUCAUUUACAUUUUGAGAAUUCUAUAUUCAUCAAUUUGUCUAGGAAUAGGGAAACAUCUCAACAUCAACUACAUAUCCUCUUAGACUUUGAAUAUUGUGAUAUCUUGUCAUGGUUUAGAGGCUGCAUUAAAGUACAUGAGGGAGUUUAACACACUAUUCUAGCUCUGCUUUCUCACAAUUCGUCAAUAACCGUGAAGCAUGCACGUGGUUUUUGUCGAGUCAUCUCACGCUAGCCUUGAUGCUAAACAUGUGGCCAAACUGUAGCCAUCUUGCUUACAAUAUCUUGAGUAAUAAUCUAAGCGGUGGCUGGGUAUGCCGACACUUUUAUCUUUCGAGUGCUAGCAGGAACAAAGCUAACUCUUAAUAUAGUGGAUUGACCCAAAGCUAACGCCUCGUCACACACACAACAGUAGGACACUCCUCUAGCAUGGAUGCUACAUCUGUUAGCUUUCAUUACGUUCCAUGAAGUCAAUGGUUUCAAUUUCUAAAGUGUAAGCAUGUCACAAAUAUCUCCUUUCCCACUCAAUUCAACCAAGAUGUAAAAGCUGCAGAUCAUCCUACUCUUCUGCCUCCUCCUCUUCUUCUUCCUCCUCCUCCUCCUCUUCCUCUCUGCUGCCAUCUGUCGUCAGGAUAACCUUUCUGUCCCCUCAGCAGUUUACACUACAUCAUUGAGGGAUUAGUGAGGCUCUGCAUGAAGUCACAUGACCGCAACCUCCUGCUGCAUGAAGUCACAUGACCUCAACCUCCUGCAUUCAGUCACAUGACCUCCUGCUGCAUUAAGUCACAUGACCUCAACCUCCUGCUGCAUUAAGUCACAUGACCUCAACCUCCUGACAUGUUUGUUUUAAUGCUUUUUAUUACAUGUGUUUUAAACACGUUCUCGUUUACCUCGGGUAGACAAAGUCAUCGUUUUAUAUCACUGACACAAAGCUAUCCGACAUGCAGGAAACACUCCAUUUGACAGAGGAAAAGUGCUACAUUUUAUUAAUGGUGUUUGGGUUAUCUUCAAUUGAACCAAUGUAGGAGAUGAAUGUGAGGUUUAAAAGCAGGCAUAUCUUUUGAAAUAAUGGAAUAAAUAUAAGAAACAUUCCUGAAUUUGAUCAUUAAAGCUCCCUUUUUCUUCAAGCUAACAUUCAUAUCAGCUGACGGCAUUACCUUAAAGAUUACAUUGAUUGUCCCUGAUGACUAUAAAAGCCUCAUUAUUUCUAUCUGUCUGGAUCACUGAUAAAUAUAUAUAUAAAGAUUUAGGAAAGGCAUGCAGAGUACACAUAUCUUAUUGUUUUCUCACUUUUUAUCGAAAGUCUUAAUCCUCUUUGCUCAGGGUUUAAUGAAGUUUGAUAAAGCUGUUAUAUGUGUGUGUGUGUAGAGGUUUAUUGUGAAGAUGAUUAAACUGAGAUUCUAUUGACGAUCACAUCCACAAUGGUUGCUGUUUUCCUUUCUGAAUGAAAUCAUUUUGUUUUUACCAAGUAGAUUUGUUCUUGUAUUUAAGCUUCUCUUAGGGUUGGUAAACCAAAGACUGUCAGAUAUUCACAGUAGUGACAUGAAGAGAAAACCACCUGCUUCUCUCUGUGGUUCAUUUAGACUGUAGAUGAUUUGUCUUAAAAGCUAACAAACAUCUCCUUACGUGAUGGAUGUAUAGUUGAUUCUCCGCUAACACGCACCAAGUACAUUUAAGACAUGGAUGUUUAACUCUGCAACACUGGCUGUGAAACUAUGAUAAUACUACUUUUUAGCAUCACACAGUAAGCUAACAAAACAAGAUGUGAUUUGUAUUCCUUGUAUGUAAGGACAGCAUGGGAACAUGGACACCGAAAUAACUACAAAAGCCUCGCUACACAUGCUAACGAUGUUUAGCAUAGGCCUGGAGCGCUAUUUAGCUUCUUGCUCACACUACUUUAAGUUGAAGCUUCACUACAUGCUAACAAUAAAGCAUAAUUGUAUCAUAACGUUAUUAUCACUUAAACGUACAUUGUUGAGCUCUACGACUUUAUCUUACACUAAGCUAACACUUGACUUUUGUCGAGUCAUCUCAAACUAGCCUUGAUGCUAAACAUUUGCUAGCAAUAUUUUGAUUAGGAGUAUUCUGCUAACGCUUUAGCAUAAUACGCUAAGUGGUUGCUGCUUAAAUGCUAACACUUUAUCUUACAUUGUUGAGCCAUAUUUAGCUCCUUCUGCUCGAGUUCUGGUUGAAUAAAAUGAUAGCUGAGCAAUAGCCAACUUCUUGCUAACUAGCAUGUGGACACGUUAGCAUCAAGGUUGUAGAAUCCAUGCUAACACUUUAUUUUACACUAAGCUAACACUUGAUUUGUGUCCAGUGAUCUCACACGAUUAGUACCCUGCUAACGCUUUAGCAUCAAUAUAGAGUCCCUGCGUGCUAACGCUACUCUAUUGAGGCACUACAAGCUAAUACUUGAUUUUGUCGAGUCAUCUCAAACUAGCCUUGAUGCUAAACAUUUGGCAAAACUUAAGCCAUCUUGCUAACAAUAUCUUGAGUACUCUGCUAACGCUAUAGCACAAUAAACUAAGUGGGUGGCUGAGAGAAUGAACCUUCACUCAAACAAAAUAAACACUACUUUCAUGAUGUUUUAUUUUGUAGUUCAUUUAGUCUUAAACUUUAUGAGGGCUUCAUGUCAUCUGAGGGUGAACAACAUAUCUGAAAGGUGCUGUAAAUAUCUGUAUAGGCCCUAUAUUUGUUUAAAAACUGCUGAAGUAGAUGCUACUCGACUAAUUUUAACAAUUGUAGCCCUAACAUUUGGUGAGAUCUUCGCAAAUCAAGGGUUAGCAUUUAGCUAGCGCCACAUUUUUGGAUUCCAUGUUCCCCCCGUUGAAGUUAGUCCUUCUACAUGCAAGCUAAUACAACAAUAACAAACACGAUAAGCUCAACCAUGUCAAGUUCCUCUGGAUUCUGGAGAUGAGAAUAUGAAUUGCAUGUGGGGUCCCCUCUCUUCCCCCCUCCCCACCAUGACACUUUAUGAUUUUGUGCUUUGUAUUCACACUCAUGUAUUCAGGGUUAGCGGUGCAUAUUUUGGGGGCUGGGGGUGUUAUUGUUGUUUUUUAGGCAUUCCCAUUGACUUGCAUGAGGCGGAAUAAAGGUUUUGAAGCUAGCACAGGUUUAAAAAUGGCCGUCUAAUGUCACGUUCAUGCCAUGUUAAAUGAAAGGUAAUGGAUGAUGGAGAGUGACUUUUCACAUUGUCUUACACUGUGAUCAAACUACACAAUAUCAAACCAAUUACUCCUUUUACCAAUUGAUUCUUAAUAUUAACCAUUUCUCAGCUAGUUUGGCUUCAUCUACCACCAUGAUGGUGACUAAAUGUGACUGAAGUUGAUGUGAAAUAUGUCGUUUUGCCGCGAUUGCCGAAGCGCCGCCAUGUUUCUUGGACAUCAUCUAUGAAUAUUUGACUGACUUAUCCAAACAUUAUUUAUUGUGGAUUAAAUAUUGUGUAGUUAGAUCCUGGCAUUACUACAAAUGAAAAUACGUCAUUGUUUGGAGGGUUGGUCGCCACCCAAUUGGUUAAAAAAACAUUUUUGUCGAGUCGUCUCACACUAGCGUUGAUGCUAAACAUUUGGGAUACCUUUACCUUUGUUUCCUGCUAACAACAUUCUGAGCAUAAUACAAUUUUAAAAAGUACAUGCUAGCAGGAAACCAAUUUAACACUUAAAAAUACACUGAAAAUAACGUCUAUGUUUGAUACUGAUAUGAUGUGAAUGCAGCAUUAGGCUAUAGUGAACUUAAACAGCUUUGAGGACGUUUUAUCAUUCAUAUUUCUGACAAAAAGCUUGCAUUUUAAGUUAAGGUGUGUGUGUGUAUGUAGCGGGACUGAUUUUGAUCUGUGGACCGUGAACCAAAUCUGGUCUCCAGUGCCUUGUGAAAAACAUCUAUGUCUGAUACAUAUGUCUGAGUGUGAAAAAAGUCGGCAGGCAGUGUUUACAGGUUGUAUUUUCAUUAUCCUCAUAUCCUUCAUGUUCACUGCAAUCCUCAAGAUCAUUAUUAUUCAAACUGCUAUGCAUUUACUGCGAGAAUAAAAGAUAACCUCUGAUUCUGAAUUAAGGCCUUUAUGUUGAUAUUUAUUUAGCCGUUCAUAUGUUGUAGCAUUUAAUCUUUAUUUUCAAAUCAUCAUUCAAAUCCAGCUUGUUUUUCUAAUGCAUCAUUUGAGGCUGAAACUCCUCGUGUUUUGUGAUUUUUGUUUGCCGUGUUUCUGUUUCUAGACCUUUUUAAUUUGUGGACGUUUUGGAGAUUGACCAUAUAUCACUUUUUGCUCCAAGCAUCGUCACGACCUCUAACACGUCCUGCCCCGCGUUAUUUUUGAUAGCGUUCUGAUUUUUCAUUCAUAUAAAUAUAUCACAUUUGAUGCAUCGGUCUUUUUUUUUUCUUUUUUUUUGUUAGCUUGGACUUUUUGGAGGAAAUAUCUGAAAAGAGAUAGUGGGACUGUUUUAUGAAAAUAGCUUAAAAAACUAUUGAUGUGAGAGGAGUUAUGUACUGUAGCUGCAACUUGUGAAUUCAGAGCACCCCUUUAAAAAAUUCAAUAAAUUUUGAUUUGAACAA